AUGGCAAUGGAGGAGCUGGACGAGUUCGAGGUGCUGUGGCCGGAGCCGGAGACCUGCCACACGCACGAGCCGCCGCCGCCGAGCCCGUCACCUGUGCCGGUGCAGGCGGCGCAGCCAUUUGAUGACGCGCCCGCAGCGCGCUCUCGGCCCGUGGACGUGCCCGGCCGCCCCAAGGCUGCCCGCUCCUGGCGCUGGAACGGGCACGGGCACGGGCACGGGCACGGGCACGGGCCGAGGGACAGCGGUGACCGGGACGACGAUGGCAGCGGCAGCGGCGGCAGCGCAAUCGUUCCGCCGCACUUGCUGCUGUCGGCCGGCUGGCGGCGGUCGGAGGAGGCAGAGGCGGCGGCGUGGACGCUGCGGGCGUCCGUCGGCCCGCCGUGCAAGCGGGCGCGCGACCUGCGCCACCUCCGCGACUCCGUGCUCCGGAUGACCGGCUUCAUUGAAGGAUAG